GAAUAUUGAUAAUUCUUGAAAUGCAACAGGAGAUUAUAUGUCUUCUUUGAAUAUUCGUUGAAUAUAUAUAAACAUAUAUGCAUUGUACAUGAAUUGCAUUGUAAUGUGAAUUAAGAAAAUCAAAUCAUUCAAGAAUGAUCAUUUAUUUUUCUAAUUUUCUUUGUGUGAUCUCUUUACAAAUAAUCGAACAAUAAGGUCUUUGUAUUUAACAACGUGACUUUCAUUAAAAUGAAAACAUAUAUAUAUAUGUAUAUAUAAUGAUAUAUAUUUAACUCCCGCAAUAUUGGAAUUCUUCCUGGAAAAUCAAUAAUGGCCACAUCAGAGAAAAUUAAUGAACCUAUUAAGGUGGCAGAAGAAAGUGGAAUUUGUGGUGAUGGUAUAAAAGAAUACUUGGAACCCCGAUUUGAGUGUCCUAUUUGUUUAACUUGGCUACGUGAUCCAGUUCUAACAUCUUGUGGUCAUAAGUUUUGUUCACGAUGCAUUUACACUUGGUUACAAAGAGAAGGUGCAUGCUGUCCAGUAGACAGUCAACCUCUAAAAUCUGAAAGUGAUCUUUUCAGAGAUCUUUAUACCAGCAGAGAGAUAUCUCAGCAACGAACUACAUGUGCAUAUCGUCAAUUUGGCUGUUUGAUGGAAUUAUCACCAGUAGAUAUGGAGACACAUAUCAAUCAAUGUACAUACAAAAGUUUGUCUACCUCAGUAGGGACUCAAUGUCCCUUUAAAGAUGUUGGUUGUAUGGAAAUAUUUUGUUCUGAAGAAUCUUCACAUAUUCAUUUGGAAAAAAAUAUCAAUUCACAUUUAACUAUGAUACUAAAUGCACUUCCACGCUUAUCUAUAAACCAAAGCAAUGUUAGUGCCAUAUCCGCAGAAUCUAAGUUAUGGGAUCCACCACCCAAAAACGGAACAUCAGUUUCAGAUAAAGAACCACCACCAGAUUGGCAGCAGUUAUUAAAGAGUUUGUAUGAAAGGAUAGUGGUAUUAGAACAACAAAAUCGAGAACUUUCUAUUAUUGUCUCCAAUCAAAAAAAUCAACUUACAGCUUUACAAACAUCAAUACGUUUUACAGAAGAGGAAAUGUUAUUACGUAAUUGUAAUGGUGUUUAUAUCUGGAAAUUAAAUUCUUUCCAAGAAAAGCUUACUUCCAUGAUAAAUGAUCCUUUAAAGAUGUAUUAUAGUCCUGGAUUUUACACUGGACCUAAUGGUUACAAAAUUUGUGCCAGAAUAAAUAUAUCCUCAAAGGAUCCCGAAUUUUUGUCAAUACUUUUACAUAUUAUGAAAUCUGAAAAUGACGAUGCAUUAGAUUGGCCCUUCAAUGGUGUUAUGUAUUUCAUUUUGAUACAUCCACAUAACACAGAAAAAGAUAUAAGAGAGAAAACUUGUUCCAGACCAGAUCUUGAAGCUUUCAGAAAGCCAAUCUGUGAAUUAAAUAAACGUAGUUUUGGCUACGUUGAAUUUGUGCGCAUACGGGAUAUACCUGAUUUUUUACGAAAAGAUACUUUAACAUUUCGAAUUGAAGUUCGAGCAUACGAUAAAUUUAAGUUACCAUUAGUAUAAAAUCAUUUAUUAUACUCAUUAGUAACUAUAUCAAACUUUGUGAAUAAUUAUAAAGUACAGAUCUUUUAUAUAUUAUUAAACUGUUAAGAUAUUUUUUAUCAAUUUUAUAUAAAAAAAAAACCCAAAAGAAUCCGUCCAAUUUUUGUACAAGAUUGUUGAAUUAACAACAUAUAUUAUACUACCUGGAUAUUUCACAUACGGGAAAUAUUAAAUAAUUUGUCUUCUACCGACCCAUUUCC